GUGCGGGUGGGUUGUUAUCGCGAGGAACUCUGAAGCUCAAGAGGUGAAGUGAAGCGAGAGUGUUUUUCUACGUCGAUGCUUCUAGGGUGGCAUAGAAAGACGGACGUCUGCAGGCUCUUAUGGCUUAAUAGGAAGAUAGAAUACAUAUAUGCUUUAGUUGAUAUUAUUGUGCGUGUUGGGUUUGUUUUGUAAAUGUAGCUUGGUUCCCUCCGCGUUGACGGCGCUGCUCGUCACACAUCUGUAGCCGCUGGAAUCUCGUUUUCAGCACCUGGACAGCUCCCGGUCGUGAACCUCUUCUUCUUAUUAUCGGGCACAUGGAGUCCCUGGUGUGAUUGUGGGGGAAGCCCUGCGAGCACAUUAUGCCUCCCUCCGAGGAUGUCGUUAUCUUCCUGAUUCAGUGACAGCCUCGUCGUCUCCCCUGAAGGAUGGUGCUUUCAGUCCGGAGUAGGUGUUUUCGUCGUGCGCUGUCUUCUGAGAGGCGAUACGGGUGCUUGGCCAACGCAAAUUUAAGGGGAAUCACAGCCUACACACAGCAAGAUCCGAGCUUCCCUCACACUGAUCGUCGGCGAGGAGGGAGAUAUUACCAUCAUCACUGCGAGGGCAAAGGAGUCACGACCACAUUUUACACAAUGUAGAGCACGAAAACGUAAGAGGUGUGGUAGGAGCCAGGUGUCUGCAGUGGUGAAAUCACAUUUCACACUUGGGGUCAUUUAGUGUGGACGUCUAUUUGCAGCAACAAGACCUCAACAUGAGCAAACCCCACGCACCUCCCCAGGCCGGAGCUUCAGAGCUAGAGGUGAUCUCCCAGCAGGUGGAGGAGGACAACCAGUGCGUGGCCCCUGUCCAGCUGGUCAGCUUCGCCUACAGAGACUUGCCUUUGGCUGCCCUGGACAUAUCCCUCGCUGGAUCCCAGCUCAUCUCAAACCCAGAUGAAGAGGACAACAGAGAGGGGUCGAACUGGCUGAAGCCGUGCUGUGGGCGAAGGGCAGCGCUGUGGCAGGUCUGUCUGCUGUCAGCGGGCUUCAACUGUUUCCUGGUGGCCUGUGUCAUUCUGGUCGUGCUGCUGCUGACACUGGAGUUGCUCAUAGACACCAAGCUGUUGCAGUUUAAUAAUGCAUUCCAGUUUGCCAGCAUCAUCCACUGGAUCAGCCUGACUAUUCUCUCUGUGUUCUUCACUGAGACGGUGUUCAGGAUCGUGGUGUUGGGCAUAUGGGAUUACAUAGAGAACAAAGUAGAGGUGUUUGAUGGAGCUGUCAUCGUCCUCUCACUGGCCCCCAUGGUGGCCUCCACAGUGGCCAACGGCCCCAGCAGCCCCUGGGACGCUAUCGGUCUCAUCAUCACACUGCGCAUCUGGAGGGUCAAGAGGAUCAUUGAUGCCUAUGUGCUGCAAGUGAAGGUGGAGAUGGAGCUGGAGAUCCAGCAGUAUGAGAAGGCCAAGGCAGUGAGGGAGGAACAGCUUGACCGGCUCACCCAGAUCUGCCAGGAACAGGCAUUUGAAAUCAGGCAGCUGAGGGCCCACCUGGCCCAGCAGGACCUGGAUCUGGUAGCAGAGCGUGAAGCAGCCAUGCAGAUCCACCAUAUGUGGGGUAAACAGAGCAGCAGUUUCCAGGAGGUGGACGGACUGGCCCCUGGGGCCUCCGAGCAUCACAGGCCAGCUAAAGCUAGAGAGCCCAGGGGUACUGCAGAUCACCAUGGUCAAGAUGACAUGAACAACUACAUCAGCCAGUACUACAGUGAACCAAGCAGUGAUAUGGGGAUCCCAGACCCUGCACGUGUCAUCACCACAGCAGCCAUAGACGUCCACCUGCCUAACAACCCCAGCCAGCUUCCCUCCUCUUUGGUGAGUGCUGACGCAGUGACGUCCAGCCGUUUGCAACGCACCGGCAGCUCAGUCAGCGAAGCCUCCACCACCACAGUGUCCCGCACCAGCUUCAGCGCCCGCCACAGCAUCAGCAGCCACACGCUUGGCUCCACCACGGACUGCAGCUCCACGGUGCGCGAGGCCUCCACCUCCACAGAUUUCAGCGACCAACGCUGCUACCCUCCACCCUACAGCAGCCCUCUAGCCCUGGGCACUCAGCCAAGAGGGAGUCCCAGCGCUGUGGUGCAGGAGCUGCUCUCCUCUCUGACCGAGGACUCCUGUCUCGCCCAGAAGGGCCUGGACCCUGUCAACCUUAAACCGCCCAGCCCAGCAGGUUCCACCAAAACCAGCCCUGAGCUGGAGCACAGGGUCAACAUCUACAACAAGAGGAACCAGGAGAGCAGAGUGGGGCUGCACUCCAAGCCUCUCAUCCAUCUGCAGGGCAACGAGCCUCUUCUAGAGGAGAAGUACAGGAUGAUGGAGCCAGUAGACGCCCCAGUCAACCGUCUGUCAGAGACAUAAGACUCUGCCUGACACGUAGAACUUCACAGGACUCGCUCUUCAGAUCAACCGCAAAAAUUAACGCUCUACUAAACAACGGUGUUGUUGGGAGUCACUGGCACAUAAACUGUAUGUCUGUCAUCCUCUUUGUACUGUUGGGACUGUGGGGAUGAACUUGGAACAUGGAAGACUGGAAGAGGCAGACUUGUUAUCAGGCACCAUUUAUCAGGAAUUGACACUCACAAAAACACUUUUUGACUUUUAUGAAAAAUUUUAACAAAAGAAACCAGCAACAGGGCUCGAGCCCAAACUUUUCAAACAACUGGUCUGCGCAGAAAAAUUUGGCUUUUGAUAUGUUAAGUUGUGGUUUGAUCUCUAGGAAGUGAAAACAGUGAGGGGAUGGUGCUGAGGGCUUAGUUCCUCUGAUACACUUUGUAGGAAUUGGAGAUGCUGGACUGAUCAGAUCAUGUAUUGGUGGGCCACCAACUGUGAAUCACAAGUGCAAGCUACACGGCAUGGAUUUAUGACAAGUGCAGGUCUAUCAGCUGUUUUAGUCAGUCUAGUGUCUCCAAACUCACAAAGAACAGUCCUCUUUGAUGGGACUGCUGCAGGGUACACUGGAUCAGUCUAAUCUCUUUCUAAUCUUUGUCUUUCUAUAUUAGCAAUGUUAACAUUUUUAUCUAAAUUCUAUGAGUGGAAAGAGUGUGGCAAACUUUUGACUGGUGGAUGAUUCAAGUGAUUCACAGAGUUUUUAUCCAGGUGCCAUGACUGGAAUCUGACCAAACCCAGCUGAGUCAGUGUUUACUGAGAUUUUGCAAACUACAGCAUGUCCCUAAUGCACCGAAUUAAUUGAAAAUCUACCUGCACAUGAUAGAUUUGAUAUCAUUCAGGUGUAAAAUAUUACCUUCUUAUGAUUUUAAUGUUUGGAAGCUGUGUAAAUAUUUCAGGAUAGGUUUGAUCAUCAUAUCACAGCCAAAAAUAGUGAGGGAAUUUAAGUAGAGCUACAAUUAAAGUGUCAAAAAGAAAAUUAUAGCAUGAACCUUCAAGAUUUGCCUCUUAAAUAUCGAAACUAACCCUGUUUAUUGUACUGUCAACAGGCAUUUUCUAUCUCCACCAAUAAAGGAAAAACAUGGCAAAAUGAAA